GUUCUAGCUUUGUUUCAUUUUAGCCUGAAAUAUCUCUGUAUUAUCCAGAAAUAAUUCUCUAAAUCUAAAGUUUGAACUGAGGAAAUAAGCUCAGUUUUACUGAAGCCAAGUUGAAGGAGUUACAGCUCUUCCUGUAAGACGAACAGAUACAACUUCCCACGCUUCUGCUUUUGAACGAGUAACAGAAGUCAUGGCGACGCUACGCUUCAUUUUUCUGUUUAUUGUCUUCAGUAAAAGCCACGGACAAACUCAGUUCAUUUAUAGAGCAACAAAUAAAGUAGAGCUGAGAUGUGAAACAACCAAAUGGCAAAUAAGCACAAAGUCUGACAGCCGGAUUGACUUCAACUGCACACAGUGUGACCACAUCAGCAUUGAGCUCACAGAGGAUGAUGAGAAACUGGACUUCUGCACAAAUAAACACUCACAGUCAAAGCCAGACUGCACUCUAGCAGUAAAGAGUGGCUUUGUUGCCUGUGUUAAAUCUCUGGAUCCUGGAUUCUUAUAUCCAUUCAAACCGUCACCCAACAUCGUCCGUUCAUACAUAGUUGCUGAUCCAAACCCACACAUAACAUCCACACCUGAGGAAACAUCUUCACUGCCAGUACCUGAAGGUGAAUCAGUGAGUUUAAACUGUAGUUUCACCUUCACACAAGAAUAUAAUGGGGUGUCUUUUGUUGUUUACUGGAUUAAGACUGUUGGAGAGAGCAGCACCUGUGUGUAUUCUCAUGAUUAUUCCCCGUAUGAGCCGCUCGGGCUCGGUUACCACUGCACCAUACAGGAAGAUCUGCUUAACAGACUCUCAAACCAAACUGAAGGACAGAACAGUCACAACAUCAGGAUCAGUGAAGUGAUGGAGUCAGACAGCGGUCAGUACCUCUGCGCUGUACAAGUGGACCCAAGUAAUAAAAACACUGCUGAAGGAAACUGGAAGGUGAUAGAAAGAGUUACAGUCAGAGUCCACAAAGACAAGAGACCACAGCCAGCCAGGACCACCGUGACUCAGACAACUACUGAGGAAACAACAAAGAAAGCUACUGAGGAAACUACUGGUGUUCACCCUCUCAUGCCUCUGUUUACUUCAUGGCCCAUAUGUUUGGGUCUUCUGCUUUCUGUUUGGAUCGCAUUCGCACUCAUAAGGAAAAAGGCCAGCACUGCACGAGGAUCUCAGGCUGUGCCAUUACAAAGCCUCCAAAAUGGAGAAGAAGCUCCUGAUACUGAUGGUUCUCCGUAUGCUGUGGGACGUGGUGAGGAGGAGAACUAGGAUCCAUGAGGAAUUCUACCAAGAAGAUCCAGACCAUGAAGAAUCCACAACAUCUGUUGAUCUUCAUGCAGCUGCCAGGCUGAAUGAUGGAUCUGGAGCAUCAGAGGACACCAAACAUAUUCAUGAUGAAGAUUAUCUGCU